GGAGACGUCAGUUCGCUGCUAGGCCCUCCCCAAUGCGGAAGCAGUGGGAUCCCAGCGAUCGGAAAGCCGGUGGGUCCGACCAUGGGGGAGUCCUGGGCAGCUCGGGGCGCAGAAGGAGCGCCCGCGCGGAUGCCACUGGUACUCACCGCGCUGUGGGCCGCCGUCGUGGUCCUGGAGCUGGCCUACGUGAUGGUGCUGGGGCCUGGGCCACCCCCGCUGGGACCACUGGCCCGGGCCUUGCAACUGGCGCUAGCUGCUUAUCAGCUGCUCAAUCUGCUGGGCAACGUGGUGCUCUUCCUCCGCUCGGAUCCCAGCAUUCGGGGGGUGAUGCUGGCUGGCCGCGGCCUGGGACAGGGCUGGGCUUACUGUUACCAGUGCCAAAGCCAGGUGCCACCUCGUAGUGGUCACUGCUCUGCCUGCCGUGUGUGCAUCCUACGUCGUGACCAUCACUGUCGCCUAUUGGGCUGCUGUGUGGGCUUCCAUAAUUACCGGCCCUUCCUGUGUCUCCUGCUUCACUCUGCUGGUGUCCUGCUCCACAUCUCAGUGCUGCUAGGCCCCGCCCUGUCAGCCUUGCUGCAGGCCCACUCAGCCCUCUACACAGUGGCUCUCCUGCUGUUGCCCUGGCUCAUGCUACUCACAGGCAAAGUGUCUCUGGCCCAGUUUGCCCUGGCCUUUGUGGUGGACACGUGUGUGGCAGGUGCACUGUUGUGUGGUGCUGGGCUGCUUUUCCAUGGGAUGCUGCUGCUUCGGGGACAGACCACCUGGGAGUGGGCUCGGGGUCACCACUGCUAUGACCUGGGCACCUGCCACAACCUGCAGGCAGCCCUGGGGCCUCGCUGGGCCCUAGUCUGGUUCUGGCCUUUUCUAGCCUCUCCUUUGCCUGGAGAUGGGAUCUCUUUCCAGACUCCAGGUGAUGUGGGUCUUGUGACUUCCUGAGUCCAGGUAGAGCCAGAACUGAACAGGGCAGAGGAUCGAACUGAGAACUUUUUAGCUUCAUGCCAGCCGCAGGAGGAAGGCCCGAUUGCCCCUUCAUGUGUGUAGUGGGCAGCUUUAGCUCCUUCUUUGAACCUGCCCAAUGUGGGCUCUUCUAUCUCUGUAGUUGGCCCUUUUGGCAGAGGAUGGUCUAGCAAGGGGGCUACUUGGCCUGACCGACUGCCCCUCUGCAGGGUAGUAAAGUGCCAACCUGGUUCUUGGCCUCCUCCAUCUUUGCUGGGUUCCUAUACCUCACUUUGUUGUUUUGGUUGCUGUUUCCCAGGUCCCAUGUCAGGCCUGGAGACUACAGAAGGCCUGAGAUCCCAAUGGGCCAGGGCUCUGCCACCUCUGGCCCUGGAAGGGUGUGGUGGGAUCCAGGCAAGGAGAGUCCAGACGUGCUCUAGAGAUUAGCACUAGAAACAUGUCUACAGCAGGGGGUGAGGGAGCUCUAGCAGCUCACCCGUAUGCGGGACCACAGUUAGAAUCUUUGUUCUGUAAGAAAUAGAAAAGCCCUGCUAGGCCAUGUGACAAGAUUGCUGGUAGAAAUGUAGACCUUACUGGCCUCAAACUCAAGGAAGUCCACUGGCUUCUCCUUUCUGAGUGCUAGGAUGAAAGACAUUUGCCACCAUGACUGGCCUAAGAGAUUAGAUUUGAACCCUUCCAGCUAGAUUGUUUUAUUAAAUAAAUUCAUUAUGAAAUUCUAUUUAUUAUUGUAAAGAGAAUUAAAAAGGACCCAAUCUUAGGCCUGGACAGAGAGACCAGACCACAGGAGUCUCAGGCUGUGUCCCUUGGGGGCUCUGCUGUGGCUGUAGAUGGCCUUGCACACCCUUCACAGAGAGGCCUGGUCUUUGGUCUUUGGUCUUUGAAUCUGCUUUACUUUUGCACAGCUGAAGUGAAAAAGGAACAUCAGGGCCAAAAUAACUAGCUUCCAAGCACUCCAGAGUUCAUGAAGGGUAAUUUUAACAUUUGUUUGUGUGUGUGUGUGUGUGUGUGUGUGAGAGAGAGAGAGAGAGAGCGAGAGAGAGAGCAUGGUGUAUGCAUGGACAUGUAAUGUGUGGGUACCAUUGGCAACAAGAUAUUGUUUCUGAGAUGUGUCCAAAUUACUGCAUGUAGUGAUAUGGUCCUCUUUUUCUCUUCCACAUGGAGAUCUGAAUAUACCUUAACCAAAUCUUUUUUAUUUUCUUCCACUGGUCAUUUUCCUACCUCACCCCGACCCCAUGUACACUCCCCCCACGUAGUGGGAAUCACGCCCUAGGAGCCCUUGCUCUUCCAUACCAGUCUGAGAAUCAGCUCCUCAGAUCUCACCAAUGAAAGCCCACCUUGAAAUAAGCGGGAUCCAGUAGACCGUGUUAGCUUGUAGAAAGUAAGCGUCUGUGAAGUCAACCUUUCAGAUCACGAACAUGGUUUAUCUCCUCAAUGAAUAGUUUUACUUUUGAGACAGGGUCUCACUUUGUAGCUGUGGUUAGCCUAGAAAUUACUAUUUAGACCAGAUUGGCCUCAAACUCUGCCUCCUAAGCAAUGAGAUUAAAUAUGUGCACCACCAUGCCAGCCUUCAAUAUUUUCAAUAAAGCUUUUUUUUUCUGACAAAGA